UUUCGAACUUCCACACCCCCUCAGCCCUCUCUCUUCUUCCCCAGCAGCUGCAGAGGAGGAGGUAAAACAAUUCGCGAGAUGAGCGAAAGCAGCAGCAGCAGCAGCAGCAGCGAAGAGCUGGAUAAACGGCGACGAGAGCGCGAGGCAGAUGCUCGGCCGAGCCCAGGCGUCGCGCCCGUCGCUCUCGCUCCCCGCUCCGCUCCACCGGAUCCCUCUCCGCGCCGGCAACGUCGUCGAGAUCGCCGGCCCCUCUCCCUCCGCCAAGACCCAGCUCCUCAUCCAGACUGCGGUGAGCUGCAUUCUCCCGAAGGAGCGGAACGGGGUGCACUACGGCGGGCUCGGGCAUUCGGUGCUCUUCGUCGACUUGGAUUGCCGGUUCGACGUCUCGAGGCUGGUGGAAAUGCUCAGGCACCGGAUCGUGCAAGUUAAUGGGUGCUCAUGUACUGCCGACGACGAGGAAAUCCUUAAGCUGUCCAUGAGGCGAUUCUCCUACAUCCGCUGCUACGAUAGUUGCGAGCUGCUCGCGGCUCUGAAAACACUGCAUCACCGGCUUGAAAAGGAAAAGGAAUCCAAUGGUAUUGGGGGUCAUUUGCUCAUGAUUGACAGUAUUGGUGCUUUUCAUUGGGUAGAUCGUGCUUCCACAUCAUUGCCUCUUGGGGGAAAGAACAGGAAAUACCUCUCUUUGCAGAAUGUAUUGGAGGUCGUAGUGGAAGAUCUGAGAAAGCUGAUGUCAGCACAUCCCAUGCUUGUUAUUGUUACGAAAGCAACCAUUGUAGGAACAACUGGGAAUGAUUUCAGGAGGAAUUACAAAAGAUGGCCAUCCGCAGGCACUUUUGAUGCAAGCAGUGAAUUGGAAGGGCUUCGGGAACCUUAUUUUCGUGAAUAUAUGCCCCCUAUCUGGCAGUCCUUUGUUACGCAUCGGAUACUCGUGCGAGGUUCAGAUGAUCAUAUUGCCAUGCCAAAAUCUCAAGAAAACAACACUGCUUAUGUAUCAGAAUGGUUGCUUCCACGUCUGAAUUUCUUGGACAAAUUUGUGGUGAGAAAUGCUGGUGUUUUCCUUGUUUCAUGAAGUGUACAUCUGUACCUGUUUUACUUAUUGACAUCCACGCACAAGCAAGGUCAAGAUUGUUCUACUAUAUAUUCUAUUGCUGUGUUGUCCUUUAGUUUCAUUCGAUUUGGUUCUUGUAAAUAUCCACCUCUGCACCCUGGAUAAGCUUCUUGUCAAGGCCAUCAGGGAUUUUGCAGAUGUUGUUGUGAGUAUAUCUCGAUCUUCUCACAUGUCGUGGGUCUUCCUUCUCUUCUCAGGUUCAAGUUGAAGCUCAUGGUCGCACAUGUCUAUAGUUGAGUAUGGAGCAUCUUCAUUCAACACACUAGUGAUUAUUCAGCACGAUGGAAUAAGUUCUGGGAGAGAUCUGAUCUGAAGGCAUUUGUUGAAGUUGGAUGAUGUACGUGGAUCGUCUUUCCUAAUUUAUGAAAGUUUUUGAAUGGCACCGCAAGCAGCGUCUAGUCAAUAUUAGCAGUGACCGAAUGACUCCAUGCA